UGUCGAAUUGGAUAUAAAAUUAUAUUAAAGGUUAUAUCGUUUACAGAAAAAAAAAAUUAAGGAAACAAAAGAAUUCUGUCAGAAUCCUUUCUAAUGCAAAUCGAUACUCGCAUUUCUCGAAGUAUUGUUGCUACUUUUUCGCGACGCUGAUUGGUUCUCUUAUUGCGCUUACUUCAUGAGCGGCUGUCAUUGCGAAAAUUGUUUUGACAGAUGUGUCGCGACAAAGGGUUAAUGGUGUAACAGUAUUAUAUAAUUUUUGCAAAAAAUAAAUAAAAAAAUAACGCGUGCGUAGCGCGCAUUAUAGCGUCUAACUGUUUAAUUAAAACAAAAGAGAUAUUGAAUAUACUUCUGCGUUCCAUUAACGCUCUCAGAAUCAUUUCAUCUUUGUUAUUCACCAAAUCUUAAAGAAGAACAAACGAUGACCAUUAUGAGCAUUAGUGCAAUAAGUGAAGAGUGCAACUUAUAAUUCCAUAGCUAUAUAUUCUCCAUUCUCUUCUCGCGUUCUCCUAAAAUCCUUUCGUUCUCUCUGUCCGUUGUUGUCUUCGGAAGUAUCAAUGAAUCGGGUGCAUAUCCCUCUCUCCCCUUGGUUGACCACCGACGGAAGGCAGAGAGGUCAAAAAGGCGACUGCGGCGACGGCGCGGCGCGAUAAUCCCCGCGACAAACGCACCCACACCCCGCCGUCGUUGUCUUCGUGAUCGUGCGGGAGGAGAAUAGAAAGAGAGAAGGCGAAAGAAACGGAGGAGAUAGAAGCUUCUCUCCACCUGUUGCACGAACUCGCGUAUCCGCUCUGGACCGCCAUGCCGACGCGGCGGCCAAUCGCGACCAUCUAUUGGCUGCGGUAAAUGGUGGGGGCCGCGUCACCGCGUCCGAUUGGCUCACCGUCUUAUUUUACCCCACGUCCUACAGGAGCCGAACCGCACCGGCAAAAGCUCCGUCCCGCGGGUUCGCCCCAGAUGUUACGUGCUUCGCGAAGUUCCUAAGGGAACCCCCGCGAUCCUGUCAGUGCACCAAAAGACUCGUAUCCGUCAGACCAAGUCCUCGCUCGAAAAAAAUAAGAGACAAGAGCGUAAAAACAAUCCUUCAGAAAGAAUUACUAAAUAGCUGUAUUGUGAUGAUUGAAAGAAGACACAACCUUCUGAGUUAAAAAUUAAUUUAGUUCAUUGUGACAUUGUUCAAGAACACAUCAGGAAGCUACAGAAUUUUUCGUGCAAAAAUAUUCAGUGAUCAAUAGACGAUUGCAUAUUUUUUUUUAAAAAUUCAACAAUUAGAAGACUGGUAUAACUGAUGAUCCAAACCAUAAAUAUUUUUGGAAAUAUUUUAAAUUUCUGAGAUAAACACGAUUCCUUGAAGAUCACUCUUGAGCGAAGAUUUAUCAGUUCAAAGAUUUUAAAGACAUAGCCAAUGUUUAUGAACAAGCAUAACAAUUUACUUGUUAAUUCGAAUGUCCAAUCUUUUUAUAGGACACUAAUAUACUUGUUGGAAUAAAUAGAAUAACUUAGAAAAAAAUUUAGAAAUAUUCUGAAUUAUCCCAAAACUUUAAGAAAUAAUGUCAACAGCAUUUUCGUGUAGUGAAUGUGAAAAGCUCAAGGAUAGAAUGAUUUAAUUGAUCAAUCAAACUCAAUUAAUAAUUGAUGCUGACAUAUAUAUAAUACUCAACAAUCUGUCAAACAAAGCUUCAAAAGAUCCAAUUUAACUUAAUAAUUAAUCAAUAAAUAGAAUCUUAAAAAUCUAUGAUUACAACGAUUAUAGAUUCAGUUACGUUAAAAAAAAUCUUAGUAAAUAAUUCUUGGGAUCUACGGAAUUUUGUCGGCAAAAUGCGUGAGAAAUUAUCUGAUUCACUUGAAAUAGGAGUGAUUAAUCAAACUUUAAAAUCAUCGGAGAUGUCGUGUAUUAAUCAGAGAAGCAAUUAGAUUGAGCAUCAAGAAAAAAAAGUGAUUCAUGGAGAUGUCGUCAAAGACUUUGCACAACGAGCACAUUAAACGGCCGAUGAACGCCUUUAUGGUGUGGUCGCGUGGUCAACGUCGUAAAAUGGCACAGGAAAAUCCGAAAAUGCACAACUCGGAGAUCUCGAAGAGACUUGGCGCCGAGUGGAAGCUCCUGAGCGAGAGCGAAAAACGCCCAUUCAUUGAUGAAGCAAAAAGAUUGAGAGCUCUUCACAUGAAAGAGCAUCCCGACUACAAGUACCGGCCGCGCCGGAAACCAAAGUCCCUGGUGAAGAAGGAGAACAAGUUCGGCUUCUCAAUAUCACCGCUAAUAUCGCCCGGUGAUGGACUGAGCAAUCUGUCGCGCGGUCUUCUGCCACCACUGACACCUCCGACGCACCACCCACUGAUGCACGAAGACUUGAAAAUUCCACGCUUCUUCCCGCCGUUCGCCUAUCCGCUUUACCCGCUGCAGCACAAGCUGGGCGACGACUUCAACGGCGGCAAGCUAGCUGCCGAUCUGGCCUUACAGGCUCUCUACACGAGCAAUCCCUUUUAUCCGAGUCACCAGACGAUGUCCUGGCCGACGAGUUUGUCGACAGCCACCUGUCUACAACCUAAUUGCAGCUGCCCUAGCCCGCCGAAGGAGCCCAAAAGGCCGUUCCCGCCGUCCAAGAUGGACGAUCCGCCCUUCCCGAGCCCAGCAAGAGCCGAUGAGGACGCCGUCGUCGCGGAACGGGAAGAAUCGCGGUACCGAAAACUCGAAAUGGACUUCUCCGCCAAUCUGGAGAGCCAUCAUCAUCACCAUCAUCAUCAUCAUCAUCAUCAUCAUCAGGAGGAGCGUUCUCAGGAUCGCUUCUCCUCGUCCUCGUCUUCGUCGCCGUCUACGGAACAACCAGAAAGAUCAUCGACGACAAUGACGACGACGACGACGACGACGACGACGACGAUGACGACGACAACGACAAUGUCAUCAUCGUCGUCCUCGACAUCGAGCGGUAGGGUCGACAGCGCCUUCUCCGUUCAGAGUCUGACGUCGACUUCCAGCAGCUCGAAUUCAAGCUUACAACGUGGACACGUCAUAUGAAGGCCGCUUCCGGUUCUCCCGGACCUCAACUUCCGGGGGAGCCUGAUGCCGGCCGCGUGGCCGACCGCCGAUUGGUGGCGGGUAGCCCCGAUGCUCUCCCCGAUCCCCCAAACGACGGUCGUGAACCUGAGCACCGGUGUCGUCAAAGAAGACGCCAUCCACUUCCAGGACGAACAACAGAGGAACUCGACGGCCGUGUCCAGAUCGCCGAGAAAUGGCGUACAUAUCAUGCAGUGAUCUAAUUGUAAUAAUCGCCGAGAGUUGCACGUUCUGUUUUUGAGUAAAUAUUUCGGAAACCGGAAGUGAGUUAGUACUGUCAUUGAACGCAAGACGCUUUUUCUCUCGAAGGACGAGGACUAGGGGGCAAUCGUUUUGUAGUGAUCUCUUUGACGGAAUAACGUAAUCCGCAACUAGGGG